CUUUACCGGAAGUUAGACCCAGCAUCCAAUUUCGUUCCACCGCACAUCCGCUGAGCAACAGCACAGCAGAAGUACAUUUUUAGUCUUUUUUUGUAUUUCUGAGCACAGCAGUAAACAUUUUAAUCAACUCCUACGUCUUUCCUACAUCGGCAUCAGUUACUCUAAUGACAUCUGGUGUCCCAAAGGGUGAGAACUGCCUUGUAGACAUGGACUCCAAGGCAGGGGAUCUCUUCAGUGCUGAGCCAGCCGACGCUGCUGGAUCCGGAGGUGUCGUGGGAAACCUACCACUAAAGGAACUAGAUGGGCUGUGGCUGCCCAAAGGCCUCUCGGCCAGUGUGGCCAAGGAGUGGUUUGAUCGUCGCCGUGAGUCAAUCCGUCCCUGGGCUGGUUUCGUGGAUCAUAGGAAGUUCACCAAGCCCCGCAACUUUGGUGAACUGUGCCAGAGGGUGGUGCGCAAUUUUGACACCUACAACAGCAACUACACCUUCAUCUUCCUCGGCCUCAUCCUCUACUGCAUUAUCAGCUCUCCCAUGCUGUUGAUUGCUUUGGCAGUGUUUGUUGGUGCCUUCUACAUCAUCCACCUCAAGUCCCUGGAGUCUAAACUGGUCGUCUUUGGAAAAGAGGUGACCGGACCUCACCAAUUGGGUCUGGCUGGGGCGGUCUCUUUACCUGUGUUCUGGUUGGCUGGUGCAGGAGCUGCAGUGUUUUGGGUCCUGGGAGCGACGAUGUUUGUGAUUGGCUCUCACGCUGCCUUCCGAGAGCUGGAGGGAGGAUCGGAAAUGGAGGAGCUCUUCAUGGAGCCUGUGUGAAGGCAUAGCGAUAGAGGAAUCUUUAUAUCUGUGCCAUUAUAGCAUCUGGGAGCAUUGGCAGUGCCAUUGAGGCUACAACCCAUAGGGAAUCCCCACACGGGUGACUACUUUAAAAUGGCAGAAGCAUGGUGGAAGCCCUCAAUGGUGCUGCCCAUGCUAAAGCAGCCUUUUGGCCACUAUCUUUCUCUGUGUGAACCCUCAACACUCACCUUUGACCUUUCAUAAUAUAACACAGAAUGCUCCUUCUCUUGCCUCUGAAGUGAUUUGCUGUUACUGACCCUCUACAACUCUUUUAAAACCACAAUAAUACUCAAUAUAAUACUCAAUUUAGACAUAUAUAUGGAUUGACUGUCAUACACACAGAGUGACUCAGAUGUUCAUAUACCUCAGCUCAUACUUCAUUCUGUAAGUCUUUUCCAAAUGUGACUGAUACCUCUCGAUUUGUGUUUAAUACACAUUUCUUCCCGUGAAGUAUCAGUCAGCCCUUUGUUUAAUGCCUCUGUACCUUCUGUUUAAUGUUACCUUGUGGAUAUCUAAUAAUAAAUCAUGUCAACUCAAGACCUGAAAUGUUAAAAAGAGCUUUAACAUCGCAUUCAAAAAAAAAAAUCCUAUUUAGCUGAUGUUGAAUUAGUCCACAGUGAGCACAUGAGCAACUGGAUGAGGCAAAUGGCAUCAAAUCGCCAACGCUUCUCUGACUGGGGAAGAAGUGCCAUUUGCAGCUUUACAAUGUAUUUAUCCAACUAGGAGAAAUGGUUCUUUUAGACAAAUUGCAUUUAUUUUAAAGCAAUGCUUAGUGGAUAUCCCAGAUACCUAAUGGUGAUAAAGCAUCAUGUUUAAAUCCUACUGUUAGUUGUAUGCAGGCAUGUGGUGCAGUGUUGUUGGGUCAUUUUUCAUAAUUGAUUAGCUCUGCUUUAUUACUUUGAGAAUUUAAAUGUCAAUAUUAUUAUUUUUUAACAUAUUUCAUACUUGUCAUGCUAUUUUUUAAAACAUUUUUUUAAUGACAAUUGGGAAGUGCAAUAAACUAUCCUACCUGUAA